CUUUUACCAUCUUGGUCACCGUUAGUAACGAUUCAAAACCUUUGAACUCUGACGUCACCCGGGAGAACUGAAGGCGGAAGCGAGGAAACGUUCGUUCGCGCUGGUAAAGGCACGUGAGGCUACCGUGAGAAAACUUGCUCACCAACAGUAGUUUGGACCGUCAAUAUGGGCAACUUGAUGGUAUCAUCAUCGCCACAGAAGAACAUCGUACAUAAUAACCAGGUCGAAGUUCAGGAGAUCAACAAGGUGGUUCUGGGGAAGCUUAUCGUGAAGCAUGUCGGGAAUGAGGGUACGGAGGACACAGCACGACAGGCGGUGCUGAGGCAGAUGUUACAGAGGGUCAUCACCGAACUGGAGAGGGAAAAACCCGAGGUGUGGCGUAACGCCGAGCUGGUGAUCUAUGACAUGUACGGGAACGACUACACGGUCCGGGCGGGGAAGGCCGAGAACAAGUUCGUGGUUCACCUGGACGGACAGGACGAGAUCCGGCUCAAGUGUACGGACAGGAGCAGCUUCUUCAGGUGGCCCUGGCAGGGCAGCAGCAGCAAACCGAAGCCUAUAGAGGCAGCGCCUAAACAUUGACUUAGGUUCACUGUCCAAUGUCAAUGUUUAGAAGGUGCCACUUUUGCUAUCAUCUAAGUCAUCAGUGAACCUAAGCCCAUGGAAGCAGCACGUAAUGUUGACACACAGGAGAGCAACCUAUAGAAGCAGCACCUUCUAAACAUUGACAUGCAUGAGAGCACACCUAAGCUUAAGUCUAUAGAGGCGUCACCUUCUC